AUGUCUUCGCACAAAGCAAAAUCAAAAGUCUUAGAUGACAGUGAGGAUGACGAUCUUUCUAAUGAGUCUUUCGUUGUUUAUGGAACUGAACUUCCCGAUGUGACCGCUUUGGGUGAAAAAGAUAAAGGAAAAUUUCAACCUGUUUGGAAACAAGAAGUUCGCGAUGAACAAGGAUUGCGACGUUUUCAUGGCGCUUUUAAAGGAGGUUGGUCUGCUGGAUAUUUCAAUACAGUUGGAUCUAAAGAAGGUUGGGCUCCUUCUUCUUUUGUGUCUUCUCGAAAAAACAGAACAGAAAGGCAGGUUUUCAAGCCCGAAGAUUUUAUGGAUGAAGAAGACCUAGAGGAAUUUGGACAAAAGCAACUUGUCGCUACCAAAGAAUUUGAUUCCAUAGUGGAAGGCAAUGUUCUCGGUGCACUUCCUGAUAAAUUCAUUGAUGAUCUUGUCUUACCGAGUAAAGAACCUGUAGGAAUACGCCUAUUAAAGGCAAUGGGGUGGAGAGAGGGUCAAGGCAUAGGUCCUCGUGUUAAAAGAAAAAAAAAAGACAAUGAUGUAUUUGAAGACAUUGACAAUGAAGAUAAUGAUGAUCAAAUGCCUAAUGCUUUGUUUGCUCCUAAGAAUACUUCUAUUGUAAGUUUUGAACAAAAAAGCAACAAUUAUGGUCUUGGAUUUAAUCCGUUCGAGAAUGCUCCAGAAUUUGUUGUACAAUCAAGUAUUAGUAAAGGAACAUCAAUGUCCGAUUUUCAUACUUCACUAAUGGAUGAGGAUGACGAAGAUACCAUAAUGAUGGGAAACAGGAAAUACACAAAAGUGUCAAACCUAUCUACAGAAUCCUCAAUGAAAAAAUCAUUAUUUUCGGAUAAUAAGUUAUGCCAUGAUGGGACUCAACCAUUACGAGGGUUUAUGCUAGCCAGGAAACCUCUCCCGAUUGACAAAUGGUUCAGUCCACCAGAUCUUCCUCCAGGAUACGUUCCAGUUCAUGAGUUUGAAACUGAUAACCAAUAUAUCCAAGAUGCAAAUAAAAAAAAUAUAAAACAAAAGCAGACUACAUUAGCGAUUGUUGCAGAACAGCGUGGCGCAUUACUAGGUGAAUCACCAUUAAAUGCACCGGCACGUUCUGUAUUUGACUAUGUGUCUCGAAAAGAUAAAGAAAGACUAGAUAGUAUAAUUAGACCAGUAAUUGAUACAUUAGGCGAUAAAAACAUUAAUAAACCUCCUGAAGUUAAAAUUCCAAAGAUAGAAAAAGAUGUUGCUUUGGCCGCUUUGAAAGGGUUUAUUCCUUUCGAGGAUAAUAAGAAAAAGCAAGCGAGAUAUAAAAAAUAUCUAGAAAUACAUGCAGAGUUGAUAGCCCCUGAAUUAUUAAAACAACCAGAGGAUUUAACUGUAGAUGAAUUCUCAAAAGAGCUAGAUGAAUUUUCUCAAGCGGCAAGGAUAUUUCGUCCAAUGUCAAAAAUGAUUGCAUCACGGUUCGUCACUAGCACAAAACCUGCUGAUGAAUUCAAACAGCCUACUCCCGGUCUAAGAGCAGGUGCCGGAGAUAAUUCAAAUAUUACUCCAAUUAAGCAGAAAGAUACAAAUCAAGUUAGCGAUGAAUCAACAGCAGAGGCAGCGGCAAGAAUGAAUAUGUUUGGUCCACUUACGAGAACAAAAUCAAUGUUUUAUCCAAACAGACUUCUGUGUAAACGAUUUAAUGUAGCAAAUCCGCAUCCAGAUCAUGUACAAAAUUCAACCUCUGGUAAGACCCAAAAGGGUCAAAAAGCAGCACUCAGCAAAGAGACGAUGGAUGAAAUUCUCAAUAAGAAAGACGCACAAAAUUUCCCAGGAACUAGCACAACUGUGUCCAGUAGCAUUAAUAGUCAAUCUUCUGUAUCUGGUACAAGUCGGGAAGAACCUGAACCUGCACUUGCUGAACCUAGCCAACCAGAUGAUACAAAAGAAGCUGAUAAAAAACCGUAUACACGCCCUGCGAUGGAACUGUUUAAAUCCAUUUUUGGUGAUUCAAGUUCAGAAGACGAUGAUGACGCCCCAAAACAUAAAAAACCCCCAAAUCUAGUAAUUGGCGAUUCGGAGCCUCAAGAUACGAUCAAAGACAAAUCACCAAUACCUAUUUCACAUAAUGUAGAUGAAGAAGUUAGUGCUACACCAUUUAGACCAAUGUUUAAAAAGAAAUCAGAUCGUGGAGGUGAUGUAUCUUCUGCCGAAAUAGUAAAAACAAAAUCAGAAUCGAGUUCAUCAAAGAGCAAGAACCAAAUGAUGAAGGGAUCGCUAUCAUUCGACGAUGAAUCAUUUAUUGGACCAUCUAUGAAGGAAUAUACGGACUAUAUGAAGGAUAUGCAAUAUGACACGAAAUCGAAACAUGAUGAUGAUAAAUCAUCAGUAUCAAGUGAAGAAAGUGAUUCAUAUAAAAAUUCGUCACGUAGUAGUCAUAAACAUUCUCGGAAAAAACAUAAAACAGAGAAAAAGAAAAAGAAACAUCAAGAAACUAGUAGUUCCCGAAAAAAGAAGAAACGAUCAUAUAAACGCGAUUUGAUCAAUCGUCCAACUAUUCAAAGUAUAGCUGCGCAAGCUGGUUCACAAUCUAUAAAUCGAACUAAAAAUCGACCAAGGGCAUCAGAUUUGUGGUAA